AGAGAGAGAGAGAAUGGAUUUCUUGAGUUUUUGUAUGGUCCUCUUAAUCAGUCUUUUCUUUGUGUUCUUGUUCUCAAUUCAAGCCCUCAGAAGCAAAGCCAACCUCAAAAGGCAUCUUCUUCCACCUGGACCUAAGCCACUUCCUUUCAUUGGCAAUCUCCUAGAGCUUGGAAACAAACCCCAUCUCGAUUUCACCAAGCUUUCUCAAAUCUAUGGCCCCAUUAUAACUCUGCAACUCGGCCAAGUAACAACGGUGGUUGUUUCUUCGUCAAACACAGCCAAACAAGUCCUCCAAACCCAUGACCAAUUCUUGUCCAACCGAACCGUGCCAGAUGCAAUCCAAGCCAGUGACCUUCGCGGAGACAGCCUGCCCUGGAUACCAACUUCACCCAAAUGGAGAAGCCUUCGAAAAAUAUGCAACUCUCACUUGUUCGCCCCCAAAAUCCUCGACGCCAACCAACCCAGCCGCCGCAUGAAAGUGCAAGAGCUCAUAUCUGAUGUCAAUGAAAGCUUGGUCAAAGGUGAGGCGGUAGAUAUUGGAAGGGCCGCUUUCAAAACGACGCUGAAUCUGCUAUCGGGUACUAUCUUCUCUGUGGAUUUGGCUGACGCAAGUAGCGAGAUGGCUAGAGAGUUCAAGGAGACUGUGUGGGGUUCGAUGGAAGAGGCAGGGAAGCCAAACUGGGCAGACUUUUUCCCUGUUCUUAAGAAAAUUGACCCCCAGGGAAUUAGGCGGCGCAUGAUCAAACAUGUCCGGAAGAUAGAACAGGUCUUUGACCGCAUCAUUAGCCAAAGAUUGGAAUCUAGAAAAGCCCAUGAUUAUGUCACAACCAAUGAUAUGUUGGAUACUCUUUUGAACAUCAGUGAAGUGAACAGUGAGGACAUGGACAUGACCAAACUUCAACAUCUGCUUCUGAUUCUAUUUACUGCGGGCACAGAUACAACCUCAGCCACGUUGGAAUGGGCAAUGGCUGAGCUGCUACGCAACCCUGAAAAGCUGUCAAAAGCUCAACAAGAGCUGGAGAAAAUCAUUGGCAAAGGAAAACCAAUAGAGGAAGUAGACAUUGCUCGGCUUCCUUAUUUCCAAGCAAUAAUCAAGGAGACCUUUCGGCUGCACCCAGCAACUCCAUUGCUUCUCCCUCGAAAAGCCGAUGCAGAUGUUGAAAUUUGCGGGUAUAUUGUACCCAAGGGUGCACAAGUGUUUGUGAAUGCAUGGGCCAUCGGCAGAGACCCCAGCAUUUGGGACAACCCAAGCUCAUUUGUGCCUGAGAGGUUCUUGGGAUUGGAUGACCAAAUUGAUGUUAUCGGGAAAAACUUUGAGCUUAUCCCAUUUGGUGCUGGGAGGAGAAUAUGUCCUGGCUUGUCAUGGACGAUGCGAAUUCUGCCCUUGAUGUUAGGUUCACUCAUUAACUCUUUUGAAUGGAAGCUUGAAGAUGGGGUUUCACCAGAGACCUUGAAUAUGGAAGAGAAGUUUGGCCUCACCUUGCAGAUGGCUCACCCUCUUAGAGCUGUGCCAAAGUCAUUUUGUGAAAUUUAAUGGAGUUUAUAUUGUUGGAUUUUAUGCAAGAAUUGGAGAAGAGAAUAAUGAUAGAUGGUGACAUAUAUUUGUGAUAGACUCUGUAAUUUGUGUUUCCCAUGUACCUCGAUUGUGUUUCCUAGGUACUUAGAAUUGUGGACUGCCUUGGCUUUAGGGAGGCUUGUCUCCCGCCUUGCAUUAUGGAUCUUGUCUCCCUUGUUUGUAUCUGUACUCGGUAUUCUAUAAAUAUAAUGAAAUCCCACAACUCAACUAACCAAGUGUGUGGCUUUGCUCAUAA